UCAGUUGUUUGUUCCAAAAAAAAACGAAAAAUAUACGUUAUUUGGAAACCUUGCAUUAAAAAUAAAUAAAUAAAUACAUUAUUGUUAAGUUCUUGAUUAUGUUUAAAAAUGUAUUUAUUUUUGUAUAAAUAUAUAUACAAAUAUAUUUUUUUUCUAAUUUUCUACACAUUUCUAUAUAAUACCACAAACAUUUUUUUCCUUUUUUGCAUUUCGUUAAAAUUAUCUAUUUUCAAAAGGAGAAAUAGUGUGAGUUUUUACUGAUGAAUCUCUUCAUGCUUCAACUAUUCUACCACUUCUCGCUCGGGUGUCCUUAGAUUUUGUUGUUCUUUAGCGACCGAAGAACAAAGCAAGUGUCAUUGUAAUUAAGUGUGACUCGAAUCCAAAAAUUAAAUCAAGUGUGCAAUUAAAAUGAAAGAAAAAAAAAACCUCAAAAUUAUUUUAAAAUUAAAUAUAUACAACACAGACUUUAUUUUUUACUGAUUAAGAUAAGAAAACAAGAAAACUAAUCAUUGAGUGCCUAAGUAUUUAAAUAUAAAUUAAAUAAUUUAUAUAUAUAUAAAAUUUGUGUGACCUAAAGCAAACAAAAUUAACAAAAAAUUAAAAGAACUAAAUUCGUAAUUUAAAAUUAACAAAAUUAAAUAAAAUAAUAAGCUAUACUUCAACACGAAAGCAAAGUUAUUUACAUAACAUAAAUGCCAAAAUUAAAGACUCUUUAAUAAAUAAUUAAAACAUAAGGAAAAACCUAAUAAUUAAAAAACUAUCCGUCCAGUCAAAACGAAACCAAAAAAUAUGAAAACAAUAAUUAAUAUAGUCAAUAAUUUUCUUUAAUCUUAAAAAAAAAUAAUAAAAAUAAAUUAUUGUAAGCUAUUAUUAGAAAAAAACAAGACAUCUUUUGUUCAAUUAAACAAAAUUAAAAAGAUACAAAAAAAAAACUAGUACGCAGAUGGAUAUUUUUGGAUUUUAAGCAACAAUUUAUAACAAAUUGAAUGUGUUAUGGAAAUUCCUCAGCAAAAAGUUGUUAAAUUAGACUUAAAACUAGUAAAUUUUCUUGUUUCUAUCCAACAUUGCCAAUGGCUAAGAAAUAAAAAGCCAAAAUACGAAGGGAAGGAAAAAAUAGCCAUAGAAAGGUUUUUGAGAAAGGUCUUGUUUUUGGUUAUUAUUGCUGUCAAAUGUAACAUUCGUUUCAUAACUGUAAUAUUUUAAACUGCUGAGACUGAAAGUGAAAAAUUAAAAAUAAAACAAAAUAAAAAAUAACAAAAAACAAUGUAUGCAACAGAAACAACAGCAGAAUUAAAAAUUCGAACAAUAUGAUUUCCAUCACCUUCAAAUUAUUAUUCAUAAAUACAAAUUUGAAUCAAAACGAAAAAUUCUUAAUUCGGUAAUGAAAGAAAAAUGUACAUUAAUUUUAUUAGUAAUUAUUCUCCUCUUAAUAAUUUUAACCAAACUAAGCUUUAUUGUUCCAAGCAUUUUAGAGAUACAUAAUAUUUCAAAACUAUCAUCUGAUGAUAAAAACAACAACAAUUUAAAGGUCCAAAACAAUUUUAAAAAAUCAGCUUUAAGCAACACUAACUUUACGACGACGACGACGACAGCGACGACGGUGGCAACGACAACGACUAAAAAAGCAAUCACUAGUAAUAAAUACAAUCGCCUGUUUAAAAAUUUAAUACUAACAUGUUCCCAUUUUCUUAAUGCUAACUUAACAGAAAUACAAAAUAAUUUAAAUAAUAUAACAAAUUUAUUACAUAAUACAAUUUAUUUCAAAUCAAAAUCUUACUAUCACCAGAAUCAAAAGAAAUUAUUCAAAAAUAUUCCUAUUUGUUACUUGCUAGUAACUUUUAUGAUAACAAUAACUUUGGUUAAAUUUGUUGUUGUUGUACUUGCCUAUCAACAACUAUUACAAAAUGGCUAUAUAAUCAUACACAAUCUCUACGACAAACAUUUAAGAAAUUUAAACUUUGAUUUUUUAAUAUGCAGCCAACUACGGCCAUAUCAGCAAUUAUUAGAAUCUGGUCAUGGACUAGACGUCGAAGAAAACCAUCCAAAUCCAUACAAAUGGAGAUGUCAAUUUCUGACCUUGGUGAAUAAUUUUAUAGAUGAAAUUAUUAAAAUUACCAAAUCUUAUAUAAGAAAAUAUCAAAAUAAACGUCGAACGUCAUUGAUAUCUCGCGAUAAAUUAUUGAUAGAUCAGAAAUAUACUAGUGUAAUGGAAAAAGUGGAAAACAAUAUGCAUAUGGUGAAAGCACCUAACAACGAUCAAUUAUUGUAUCAUCAAAACUCAUUAUAUGGAAACAAUCACGAAUUAUACCAGCCAUUUUAUUCUCAUAAUAACUCUCGAUUUCAUAUUAAAUGUCAUGAAUUUUUGUUCACUCGAAACUUAUUUGAUGAUGGAAAAUUAUUUUAUCAAUUAUUAAGGAAAGCAACAAAAACAAUAAAUCCAAUAAAUCCAAUAAGCCAGAGUAUUUUUUAUUCAAAAGCAGAAAAAAGUAUUUUGUUUGAAAAAUGUACGUAUUUUGAAAAAACUAAUAAACUAUUAUCGUCGCAUCAUAUAUUUCUUCGACAAAAUGCCUUAGCACAUUCAGCGGCCUCUUCAAUCUUAGUAUCAGCAGCUUCGUCAGCUUCAUUGACGUCGCAAACUUCCACUUCAAUUUAUAGUUCAAUAAAAAAACUUAAAAAAAAAUCCAAUCCAACAAAUCUAGGAUUUGUUUUUAUGCAAAGAAUGUUACGAUCGUGUAUAGAUCGAAUCGAAAGUUUACCAAAUUACUAUCAACCGAAUAAAAUCCUACCGUCAUUAACAUCAUUAUCGUCAACUAUAUUAUGUUGUUGGAAGGCAUCAGCAGCUGGGAAUCGUAAACGACGCAAAAGAAAAUUCAGCUUUAUUUGGGAUGACAAAAAUGAAUAUAUCAGAAAUUGUGGAAGAUCGUUUACAUUAUUCACCAACAACAGCCGCUGCUACUGUUACAGUUGUUGUUGUGGUUGUGGUUGUAAUUGUUGUUGCUGCUACUACCAUUGCUGUUGUUGCUUAAAAGAUCAAUUUUGCAACGAGUUUUUUAAUAAUAACGCUGGCGCUGGGGCUGGAGCUGGAACUAGAACUGGGUCUGAAGUUAUACUUUUAAAAUGUUGUAAAACAUAUUUUUAUUGUAGCUGUUACUGUUGUUGCAAUUGUCGCAACAAUUGCGUUAACUAUCAUCAUUAUCAUUGUAUCUAUCAAAUCAACAGUAAUUAUCCUAGUCAGUGCUCAAUUCCAAAUAAUUCUUCUUGUUUGCAGUUGAAUAUUUUUAAAACAAACAAUCACAAUAAAACUACUACUAUUCGACUUAGUAAAAAUAUUUAUAACUUAGCUGAACAAACGUCAGAUCAUCAUCAAGGUCGUAAUAAAUGGUGCCUGCAAACAUCCUCCCAUGCACAUCAUCAAAACGAAGCUGAUGUAAAUGGUGGAAAUUUAUUACAAUCCCUCAAUGCUGUCAAAGAUAUAACAUCAUCUGUUGUACAUAAUCGUGCAAAUAACAACAAACGUAAAUUAAAGAAAAAUCUAGUAUGGCUAUUCAUUGGACUAGUCUGGUUAGAAGGACCGAAACUUAUAAAUUGUAGUAUUAAUCAUAAUAAUAAUGAUGUGACCAGUUUAAAUGGCAGUGAAACUACGAAUAAAAUUGACAGCAGCAACGGUAGUGGCGCCGGUGGGCAGAAUCAGAAUCGAAAUGGUGACAAUAGUAGUAAUGGCAAUAGCAGCGGCUCACGAAACAGUAGCUCACGAAAUAAUAACGAAGGAGGUACCAGCAACACCAAUGGCCCAGGUACAAAUGCUCCUGAGACUAAUAGUAAGGGACAAAAAGUUAAAAUACCGGAAUCAGAGGCGAGUAAUGGCGGUAGUGUUGGGAGUAGUGGUGGUGUUGGACUUAAUAGUGCAAAUAUUAAUGAAUUUUUUCUGAAUGAAAAUCAAAAGUUUUCGUCGCCAUCAUAUAAGAGAAUUCCAUCACGACCAAUUAUGAGUAUUGAGAACCAAUUACAAUAUAAAACAUUUGGUCAUCAAGAGCCGGUUUUACCAACGUCAUCAUACAUUGAUAUGAGGAAAAACUUAACCCCAAAACGAUCCAACAGGAAUAGCAUCCCUCCAAUAUUGUAUGUCAGUGAGGAAGCGAAUCGUGCCCAAAGUGACUUAUCGCGGUUGGAAUCGAUAAAAAGGCAAAUUCUUACUAAACUCGGCCUCACCGAAAAACCUAACGUUACACAUCCAUUGCCAAAACAAUUUAUCUGGGACACCAUUUACCGUGCAGAUGGAAUACGGAGUGUCCAUGAUUUUGAUUUCAAUGACAACAAUCAUCGUUUGCAGGAGCACAUGCGUUUAAAAGCAACUGGUGUCCUCGAGCCUCCACCACUUUUAUCACGACAAAACUCGAUGUCCAAUUCAAAUAUCAAUCAAAAAAAUCAACUCAUCAAUAGAAAUAGUAUCUCAAACGAUGUGAAAGAAUCACGAACUCCAAGAUCACAUAACAAAAAUACUAAUAAAGAUAAUAAAAUGGUAAAACACCUUGGUACGAUUGGUUCAAGAUGGAAAUUAUUUAAUUCAACAAUUGAGCAGACGGAAAAAAUUCAUCAGAAAUUUCUACGUAAAUAUAGACAACAGAGAUUUCGAAACAAUGUACAUGUUCUGAAUCGCAAUAAAAACCGAUUUUUCGACCCUGAUUACUUAGAAGGAGAUGAAUUUUUCGGCAGUACUCAAGAAAUCAUAACAUUUGCUGAAAAGGGAAAGGUGUAUAAAAAGCAUCGACUGGUGGAGUUUAGUCCACCUUCAAACAAAAUACCAAAGCAAAAACUGCAAGUUCGAAAUGCAGAAAUUCAUAUUCGAAUCGAGAAGGUACCAGCAGUUUCGGAAAAGACGUCAAUUAAUAAAAACAAACGUCGUCAUCACCAAAAAUUAAAUAUACCUAAUUCUUCUAGCGAGCCAGGCCUUAAAAUAUGGAUUUUUCAGCUAAUUGGCAAUGAUUUUUCACAAAAAGGCUUCGAUCAAGUGGCUAAACUUUGUACAUCAUUAUCGGUGGACCAUAAUGUACUCGGAUGGCAAAAACUCGAUAUUACUGAAACCGUUCAAUAUUGGUAUGGCAAAGAACAAAACGAAAAACUAAGGCUAUUAAUUGAUUGCACCGGAUGCGGAAAUCGAUACAUUCUUCAUUUGUUCGAUAGAAAAUUUCAUAAUUCACCCAUUUUGCCAACAACAACGCAAACAACAAAUUUUCACCAAUCACUUAACGAUACAGUAGAACAACAAAAUUAUAAAAUAUAUAACAAUUACUCAUCGCUCAUCAUUGAACGUAACCAUGCUCAUUCUUCAAGCUAUAAUAAUAAAAAGAAAAACAACGAAAGCCUUCGUAAUUUAUAUCACCAAAGACAAUAUAGCCAUCAUCGUUAUAGACGAAAAAACCGCACAAUUAAAGCGCAAAAGCUUAAGAUUAACUCUGAUUCAUCAGAUACAACUAAAAAAGCAUCAGCAAACGUACAGCUAAGUCAGUUCGAUGGACAACACAAUGUUGUUAGUUAUGCACAAUCUUUGUGGCAUAAAAGCAGAACAUAUCGACAAAAUCGAGAAAUUACAAAUCCCUAUUCUAUAAGCCAAGAUCAAGAUCAAAAUCAAAAACAGAAUCAAGAUAUUGGCAAUGUGCAAAAGAAUCUUGACGAAGGUAUGUCAUAUGAAAUUGCUGCUGCGGAAUUUCAUCUCGAAGACCGUCUCAAUCCAAAUAGGCCGUUUCUGGUUCUUCAUACUGAACCGUCGCGUUCAAGACGUGUUCGACGUCGUGCUGUCGAUUGCUCCGGGGCAAUACACGGACAAUGUUGCAAGGAAUCAUUUUAUGUUAGUUUUAAGGCGCUCGGUUGGGAUGAUUGGAUUAUAGCUCCACGUGGAUAUUUUGCCAACUAUUGUCGUGGUGACUGCACCGGGCCGUUUCGAACUCCCGAUACAUUUCAAACAUUCCAUGCUCAUUUCAUUGAAGAAUAUCGCAAGAUGGGGCUUUUGAAUGGGAUGCAGCCAUGCUGUGCCCCUGUCAAAUUCUCAUCAAUGUCAUUAAUUUAUUAUGGCGAUGAUGGAAUCAUCAAACGGGAUCUUCCAAAAAUGGUGGUCGAUGAAUGUGGAUGCCCAUAAAAACGAUUAUGCAUCCAUUCUGUAAGAUUAUUUUUAUUAACUUAUUUUUUAAUGCUAAUGUCAAUUUUUUGUUUAAUAUUUCGUUUUAUGUUCAAAAGGAAUCAGUGAUAGAGGAUAAUUAAAUAAAAAACAAAUAUAAGCAUACUUAAAGCAUAAUUUCUAAAACAAAAAAAUAGUACCAAUAUUUUUUUAUCUCAUUAUAGACAAAUAAUAACAAUAUAGAUAAAAACAACAACAUUGAAAACAGAAGUCAUUGUAUACCGUGUUUUAAAAAUAACUAAUCCAAUGCUGUUUGAAAUAUUUGAAGACACAAAUUUAAUAACCUUAAUAAGUUAUAUGAUUAUUUGAUUCAGCAUAUUCACAUUUUAUAUUUAUUUAUUAUGUUUGACUAAUGACUUGUCAUUAAAAUAGUAAAUGACAUAAUAGUUAGCUAUAUAUUUUCUUGUAUUGAUUUAAAAAAUAUAUAAACAUGUAAUAACAUAUGCAUAUGUAUAGUUAUUUACUUAUUUAUUUAUAUAUACAUUCCAUUCCGUAAAUAAAAUUUAAAGUUGAACAACGAAAAUUCUAAAAGCAAAAUAAAACAAUUUAAAACUUUAAUAAAUUAAAAAAAAAAAAAAACAAUUGUAAAAAAUCUAAGGAAAAAUGUGAUCUGUUGUCAUUGCAUUGUGUAAAUUAUUAAAUAAUGAAAAACAAACAAAAUAACUCCGCCAUUCUAUUCUUGAAAAUGACGAUCUAGUUAGGUACCUUUAUUUUAUUUAUACGAUAGCCGAUAAGAGUUUCAUAUUUAAAAACUAAAACAAAAUUAUUAUGAUUAUUAUUAUGUAAUGAGACGUCAAGCAGCUGUAUAUUCUUAUCGUUACAUUAUUUUCCCAACUAUUUAAGUAGAUAUGUUUUGACUAAUAAAUAAUUCGUUUCAUAAGAGACAA